AUGGAGCCGCUCGCAGAUCCACUUCAUGACCGCGUGGUCACGAGUAUCCAGCCGCCGCCCGCGCAGCCUCUCAAACAGUCUCUGCUCUACCCCAACGGGCCUUCGAACCCUCCCAACUGGCAGGAGCUGCGUAGUCAUCUGCAGCGGGAGGGACGCCUCGCGAAGGAGGAUUGCAUGGAGUUGAUUAAGAGCGUGACAGAGAUCACCUCGAACGAGCCGAACCUCCUCCGACUCAACGACCCUAUCACAGUCGUCGGAGACAUUCACGGCCAGUUCUACGACCUCCUCAAGCUCCUCGACGUCGGCGGCGAUCCCGACACGACUCAGUAUCUCUUUUUGGGGGACUACGUCGAUCGCGGCUCGUUCUCCAUCGAAGUCUUGCUUCUGCUCUACGCCAUCAAGCUGAAUCACCCGACGCGAGUCUGGCUCCUCCGAGGCAAUCACGAAUGCCGCCAAAUGACUUCCUUCUUCAACUUUCGCGACGAAUGCGAAUGCAAAUACGACAUGACCGUUUACUUCGCCUUCAUGGAGGCAUUCGACGCGUUGCCGCUGGCGGCUGUGAUCAACGGCAAGUUCCUGGCGCUUCACGGCGGCCUCAGUCCGGAGCUGAAAGUUCUGAGUCAGAUCGGCGGCGUGAACCGCUUCCAGGAACCGCCGAGGGGCGGACUCUUCUGCGAUCUCCUCUGGGCCGACCCGCUCGAUGAUUCCAAAGAUGACUGUUCGCAGAGUCCAGAAGACAGCUUUACGCCGAACGACGUUCGCGGUUGCAGCUUUUUCUUCGGCUACGCGGCGGCCAGCAAGUUCCUCGAUCGCAACGGUCUUCUCUCGGUUCUGCGCGCGCACGAAGCGCAGCUCGAGGGGUACAAGAUGCAUCAAACGAACCAGAAAACGGGUUUUCCGACGGUCAUCACGAUCUUCUCUGCGCCGAAUUACUGCGACGUGUACAACAACAAGGGCGCCGUUCUCAAAUUCGAGAACAACACCCUCAACAUCCAGCAGUUCAACUUCAGUCCGCAUCCGUAUCACCUCCCGAACUUCAUGGAUGUUUUCACUUGGUCAAUUCCGUUCGUCUCAGAAAAGGUGACUGAGAUGCUCUACGGUAUUCUGAAUCCCUCCGUCGAUGAGGAAGAAGACGACGAAGACGUUGAUGACGUCGAGCUCCCCCCCGAAGUUAUCAACCUCAUGAAGGCGCACAUCCCGUCCGACGAUGCGAGCAUGAAACGGCAGAGCGGAGGAGGCGACACGCGCAUGUCCAAGGAGCGCGCGGAUGCGCUGCGGAAGAAGGUUCAGUCCGUUGGGCGGCUCAUGCGAGUCUUCAAGACGCUCAGACAAGAGAACGAGCUGAUUGUGCGACUUAAGGGCUGCACGCCUGGACACCGCAUUCCCGUCGGACUUCUCCUUCAAGGCAGGGAAGGCAUCGUUAACGAGCUGGACAAGUUUCAGAAUGCCAAGGAGAUCGACUUGAUGAAUGAACGGCGACCGGACGGAGGAGCGGCGCCGGGCGGUUUGCCGAACAACAAGAGAGCCUAA